AUGGCAGAAAACCCUACAAAGGUUGAAGACCAAUCGGUGGUGUCGUCCGUUGGUGGUGACAAGAACGAUAUCUCCCCUGGAUUCUCACCCCCCAUUCGCACCACAGAUUCUCCAAUUACCGUAUCGCCCCCCCAAUCCAAUUCCCGAGUUCCCCCUUUAAUCGAAGGGGAGGCAAUUGAUCAACAUCCCGCAAUAUCGCAGGGAGAUCUGGUCAUUGCUCAUGAAUUCGAAACGGAGGACAACAAGGUUAGUGAUGAGGAAGAUGACGAAAAAGAAGACGGAUACGUUGAGGUCAAACAUGACGACCUUCUAGCAUACCGUUUGACAACAUGCCCCGAGCUCUCCUUAGGCGCUUUCUACCUGCCGCCAAAGGAACCAAACAAACCAAAGCUCCGGCCCCAGUUAAUCGCCCACAUAAUAGCCACAAGAACCCGAGCGCUGUACGUAACCGACGCCUCCAUGGGCAUCCCUCCAAAUUGGCGAGAUAAAUCAUCAUCUAGAUUACAGAGUUCCAACUGGUCCGAACAACCCGGGCACCAGGACCAAGGUUCCACAAUCGCACUGCACUCUCUCGCUGUCCUGCCAGAACAUCAGGGGAAACGGCUCGGCUCAACGCUGUUGAAGGCAUACGUCCAGCGCAUCAGGGAUGCCGAGAUUGCUAAUCGGAUUGCUCUCCUGUCUCAUGGCCACUUGAUACCGUUUUAUACGAGUCUGGGGUUUAAGAACCGGGGGCUGAGUGAUUGUACUUUUGGUGGUGGAGGUUGGUAUAACAUGGUCUUGGAAUUUGUAAAUGGUAGACGUUUGAGUUAA